UUAUUUAUGUAAAUGAACAUUCGACACGUGCGCAGUAGCUUGUUUUAGAAGGUGACUCUGCUUUAGGCGUUCUUUCACAAUUAUUGUGGCUAUCGGUGUGUGACGCGUGGCUGGACGCGUGUAGUGACGUAGCUCCGCGUCCUCGCUUCGCCUUCCUUCCAGGGGCCCCUUCCCCUUCCGCCGCCUCCACCCUCUCCCGUCCAACGCCAGAACCCAAACCCCAACGAUUCAGCGCGAUGAACCCGUCAGAGAGUCCCCACCUGCCGCCGCCGCCGUGCCGGAGCUACUCGACGAGCUCAUCCUCGAGAUCCUCUUCCACAUCCGGCCGGACCGGCCCGAAUGCCUUGUCCGCGCCUCCUGCAUCAGCAAGGAAUGGCGCCGCCGCCUUCUGCCUCCGCUACCGCGACUUCCACCGCACGCCCCCCAUGCUGGGCUUCCUCUACAGCGAGCUGCCUAGGGGGCAGCACCACAGCCGCGUCCGCUUCGCCCCUACCACAGCCUUCCGCCCGCACAGCACCCCGUGCCGCGAUUGGUCCGUCAUCGACGCCCGCCACGGCCGUGUGCUCUUCUACGACGCUAGGUGCCACGACCUGGUCGUCUGGGACCCCACGACAGACGGCCGGCGCCGGGCGCCCUUGCUGCACUACGACAUCCAUUUCGCGGUGCUCUGCGCCACGGCCGGCUGCGACCACCGCAGCUGCCGCGGUGGUCCCUUCGUCGUGGUGCUCCUGGGAAAGCACGAAGGCGCCGUGCACAUGUGCGCGCGUGUCUACUCGUCCGAGGGAGGUGCCUGGAGUGACGCAGCCUCCGUCGAGCACCCAGAUGCCGCCGCCAACUUCCCAGCAGUCCGCGGCGUCCUUGUUGAGAAAACAUUCCCUGGGGAACCAGAAUCAUGGGGUACGACAUGGACAACCAGACUAGCGACUAAAUGUGAUCGACAAGCCACCUGGGUUCAAGGGGCUUGGUGCCCUCAUAGCGCUGGAGGAUGGCAUGCAGGGCAAGCUGGGACUUGCCAUACUGCAACUACACCUAUGGUUGAGGACGGACGGUGGUAACGAAGAUGUGGCCUGGAAACAAGACAGUGCUCCCUGUUCAUGGUGUCUUGACAAACCCCGAUGUGGUUGGCUUUGCUGACAGCGUUGCUGUCGUUUUUAUAAGCACAAAUGUGGGAUUGUUCACAAUUGAGCUCAAGUCAAAUCGAGUCCAGAAGGUAUCCAACAGGGCUGUCCAACAUUUUGUCAUCCCCUACACAAGUUUCUAUACUCUAGAUCAUGUGACAUGAAGACUGUCACCGCCUUGAGGGUGUGGUGGCACCCAUUAACAAAGAGGUGCUGCAGGUGUUUCGUUUUCAGGUUGACUGCUUAAGUUGAACAAAGUCGUCAUGGUCAAUGCUGGUAUGUAGAAAAUGCUUAAGUAGUCGCUGUCAAUAUAUGAACCGUUGUUUAUGUAAGACAUGAUGGUCAGUUUGUACUGCCUGAAGUUUAUGUAAGACAUAAUCGUCAGUUAGUAUUGUUUGUUGUUGAGCUGCUCAAGGUUGUGGCCUGAAAUCUUUCAGAUUUACAUUUUUUUUCUUAUAGUAGAUUAUUUAAUACUUGUCAGCCUCACAUGGCCUGUUUGUUGUUGAGCUGCUCAAGGUUGUGGCCUGAAAUCUUUCAGAUUUACA